CUAGAUUUGGUUUUAGUAUAUUACAUAUUCUGCUGGUUUGAGUUGCGUUUUUCAGUUUGCCGUGUAGACGCAGAGUACCAAACGUCGGAUACAGGUCGGUCACGACUCCACUUCCGAUGGGGCAGUUCGGACACCUCGGGUAUUCUGAAACACUGACAUUUGUUGAAGUAAUGACAUGUAUUAUAUAUAUACACAGUUCUUCUGAAAUGGAAUCAGAUCAGACAGGGCGCCGAAUAUUGGCGCAGUUCAAAAGUGAAUCAGGGGAGGUCACUGGCAGUGCAUUUGACUUGCCUGUAGACAUCACAGUAGAGAAGCUGCAGCUGAUCUGCAAUGCCUUGCUGCAAACAGAAGAACAAGUGCCAUACUCAUUUUUUGUUGAUGACAAAGAAAUCACAGAGAGUUUAAACCAAACACUAGAUGAGAAGCGAUUGGAGGGGUCAGAGCAGGUCUUGGACAUUUUGUAUCAGCCACAGGCUGUGUUCAAAGUACGUGCAGUCACACGCUGCACAAGUUCUAUACCUGGACAUGCUGAGGCUGUCAUAACUGCACAGUUCAGUCCUGACGGCAGAUUUUUAGCCAGUGGUUCAGGUGACACUACCGUGAGGUUCUGGGAUGUGAACACAGAAACACCUCAGUACACAUGCACUGCUCACAAACACUGGGUACUGGCAAUAGCAUGGUCUCCUGAUGGAAGAAAACUGGCAUCUGGAUGCAAAAACAGUCAGGUUUGUGUAUGGGACCCAGAGACUGGCAAACAGAUUGGUAAAACAUUGUCACAGCACAGGCAGUGGAUCACCUGGUUAGCUUGGAAACCUUUACAUUUGGAUCCAGAAUGCAGAUUUUUAGCCAGUUCUUCAAAGGAUGGGACAGUGCGGAUAUGGGACACGGUGUUGUCCCAGUGCUCUGUGUGCAUAUCUGGCCACCUACAGUGUGUCACGUGCGUGAAGUGGGGCGGGGCUGACCUCCUGUACACUGCCUCCCAGGACAGAACCAUCAAAGUGUGGAGGUCUGAUGGCAGUCUGUGCCGGACUCUUCAAGGUCACGGUCACUGGGUGAACAUUCUCGCUCUCAGUACAGACUAUGUGAUGAGGACUGGAGCAUUCGACCCCCGACAUGCUGACAUUGUGUAUAGAGAACAAACUUUGUCAGAAGCAGAAAUGAAGAAAAAAGCACAAGAACGAUAUGAUGAAACAACAAGUCUAUGCGAGGAAAGAUUGGUGUCUGGUUCCGACGACUUCACGCUGUACAUGUGGACGCCGAUAUCGGACAAGAAGCCCCUCGAGCGCCUAACAGGGCACCAGCAGCUGAUCAAUGACGUCAGAUUCUCUCCUGAUGCGAGACUUCUUGCGAGCGCCUCGUUUGACAAGUCCGUGAAACUGUGGGACGGCAAGAAUGGAAAGUUUCUGGCCACUCUACGCGGUCACGUGAGUCGUGUGUACCAGGUGUCUUGGUCGGCCGACAGCCGGCUGCUUUGCAGUGGAAGUUCUGACUCGACCCUCAAGGUGUGGGAUCUGAAGACGCGCAAACUCUUGCAUGACCUGCCGGGACAUGCCGACGAGGUGUACACAGUGGACUGGAGUCCAGACGGACAGCGAGUGGUCAGUGGCGGCAAGGACAAAGUCCUCAAAAUAUGGAGAAAAUAGAAGUGACCAUGCGUUAUAAAAAGGACUUUAUUCCGCGACUGUUUUCCUACUUGUUAUAAUUGCAUUGUGUUAUUUAAAAAAAUAAUAACAUUAAAAUCGAUUAAUACA